AUGACUUCCAUGGAGGAUAGCAAUUCAACAACAUCCGGCAAUCUUAUCGGCAACACAUCAUCCCAGGAUGACUAUUUCCGGUUAUAUGAUGCCAGUCUAGAUGAUGACGAUGAUGGCAUUGCCCGUGGCGCUGAUGAGGAUUCGGACAUAAUGGCUAGUCUAGGUAGCCUAAUUGUGGGCAUUUGGAAUCCCGCCAAUAAUCAAAGCAAUACAACGACAACAUCACCCACCGAUGAUGCAGAUGGUGAUGUGGCGGCGACGGCGGCUGAUAGUGGCCUGACAACUUUAAUCUCUUCCAAUUGGUCCAGUACCUCAGCAUCAGCAUUACUCUCAGCACCUGCCACGUUAUCCGCAUCAUCAUCGACAAUGGCUUUAAAUAAUACCCCCGUUACGUCCAACUCCUCCAGCCUUGACUAUGAUAGUUUGCAAAACUCUUCCAGCACCAGCAGCAGCAGUACCUAUGCCACUUUAUUUAGCUCACCUGCAAACGAAUAUGCCGUCAGCAACAACACCAGCGAUUUAUCCUCCGCCAUUGAUGCUUCCGUGCUCUAUGAGGCGAAUGACACCUCGCUGUGGAAUGUUUUACACUCAAAUAUUAUGGCUCAAAUAUCUUCCUCGCCAACGGUGUUAACGGUCAGUGACACUGUUGCCACCACAUCCGUCUCCGGUGCCUCCGAAACUUCUCCUCUGAGUAAUACUAAUAAUUACAACAACAAUGCUGCUGGUGAUGGUGACAUAGCAUUGAUCGAUAGUGCGGAAACGUUACUGGCCGGUGAGACUGAUUAUGACAUUGUAAGCUUUAAUGGUGGCGGUGGUGAAUCGAAUGCUGCUGGUGGCUAUGAAUUGGUUGAUUUAAUUAACCCAUACAAUGAGACCAGUAGUACAACAGCGACAAGCACCACCUCUGUUCUGCAUCAUAUCAUUGGAGCAAGUAGUGGCCGGGUGAAAGGCGUCACAAAAUCAUCAAAUAAUGGCGUCACUAACGGUAAUGGUGGUGGUAACAAUAUCCUUCGAACCGACACCGACAAUGAUGGGGGCAGCAGUUUUAUGUUACUCCUUGAAGAUUUUGGUGAUUAUUUUUACAACUACAAUGGCACCAUGGUUUCGGGCACAACUUUAUCAUCAACAUCCACAUCAUUAACAAAUAUUGCCAAUAAUUUUAGUAGUUAUGAAUAUCGACCGAAUUGUAGCAAUUUCCUGGGUGGCAAUUUAACCAAUAAUAUAUCAUCGCUGUGUUACGAAGGUCCAACUGAAG